AUGGUAAUUUAUUGUCCUCCACAACUUCCUGGAAACGGAAACUUUAUCACUGUUGAAGCUGAAACUACACUCGGUAAAACCAUUCGUUAUGAAAAUGAUUUUUUGGUUUUGCAAUCAGCAAAGAAAGGACUAUUUUCAAAGCCUAGUGGUAAAAACUAUAGAAUAAUUGCUGUAAAAACGGAAAUGUUUUUAGAGCAAAAGUCGCCUUUUCAUGGUAAGAAAAUAAUGAUUGCAGAGAGUGAUGAGUGGUCAGAAAUUCUUUCCGAUUGGAGUAAAAUAGAGAGUUACUUGCUUCCGAUGGUAACAGUAAUUUCGAAAAAAGAGAAGGGCAUGACACAGGCAGAAUUUGAAGAUGUUCUGAGCUCACUUACACAAAAGAAGGCAUCUAAAGCAGGACUGAGACCAAUUGGGUCCAAACCUGCAAAAACAAAGAAAACAUUGACGAUUAACGGUGUGACUGUGAACGAAAACACUUUAAAAUCAGAUCACGAUUUUGUUGAUUUAGGAGCUUCGGAUUCUCCCACCAUAGACGAAGAGGACGAAGACAAAGAAGAGUUGACUUCGGUAGAGACCUAUGAACAAGCAGUUAUUGCAAUUGAAGAAUUCAUCAAAAAGACUGCUCUCACACAACGAUUAUUGGAUAAUUAUGGAAAGAAACCUAGCUCACAGCAACGUAUUGCCAAUGAUAUCAUUGAACAAACCAAACGACUGAAAGCUAUACAAAAGAUGCUUGACGAUUUUUUCAAGACUGCAUCCAAAAACUCUAUUAUUGAGAAAAUUAUUAGACAGUACUCUGAGGAAAAACCCAAAUUCACCAAAAUACUAAACAAUCCAUCACACAAAAAGAUAACCAAUGAAAACACCAAAGACAUUUAUGACAAGAAGAAACCCUCUGCGAGCAAGGACAACAUGUACAAUAAUUCAGGAGAAAUUGAGGUUGGAGACGGCUCGCAACAACAAGUACAAAUACAACAACAAAAAGAUCAAUUUGUUCUCUCACAAUGGGACAAGGCCACCAUCGACGUAGAGCAUGCUAUUGCAAAGGAAACUCAUGAGGAUUUAAAACGACUGGAAACAGAUUUUACCGAACUACAUGGCAUGUAUCAAGAUUUUCACUCACUAGCAGUUGAGCAACAAGAGUCCUUGGAUACUAUGAUUGAAAACGUACAGGCUGCCAAUGCUCACAUUGACACAGGAGUUGAGAACGUUAAAAAGGCCAAAAAGCUGACUCGCUUUGGUUUUUUUUAA